CCAGCCACUCCAGAAAACACCAAGCCCGACUCCUGCAGCUGCAGCACAUUAACUCAACCUGUUCGCAAAAAUUCAUUCAAUCAGCGCUGAGUGACAGAAGCUUAUUUCUGUGUCUCACGCUGAAUUGAGCUCAUCUAGAUCACGGGCAGCUUGUUUCACUUGAGAUCACAGCAGAGAAGAUGAUGGAGAUGCAGCAACACUCACACCGCUUUCUGACCCUUCUCCUCCUGGUCUUCAUCGCUGGGAUAGUUCUCUCUGGCCCCUCAACUCCCCGCAGAAGCAGAGUGAGACGCCAGAACAUGAAAGUCCGCAUCAACGCCACAGGAGACACAAUUGUGAUGAAGUUUUUGCGCCCAAACGCCGACACCAAGCUCGAGGGUUACAUCCUGGGCUACGGCAGCAGCAUGUUCUCCAAACAGUUCAUUCAGCUGCCUGAGAACGGACAACCCUAUGAGACUGAAUUUGAUGCUGAGCCCAAGUACCUUAUCGCAGUCCAACCCAUCCCAGCCAAUGAUGUUAAAAAGCAAUGCAAAGGUAAAGUUGAGCUGCAGAAGCCGCUGCACCUGGUCAUCGGGUCGGUGACACCCACCUCAGUCCUGCUAUCUUGGGGGACUCUGCUGAAAACUCCCUAUGAAGGCAACGUCAUGAAUGACUGUCUUGAGGAUGGACACUACACAGUGCGUUAUCGUGAGAGGAACAGGAAGUGGAACUACCACACCUGCCCAACUAGUGACACGGUCAUUGACAACCUGAGGCCAAAUGCAGUCUAUGAGUUUGGUGUCCAGCCAAACUCUAAGGAUGGCACUGGAGUGUGGAGCAAGCCCGUCAUUCACAACAUCAGCUCAGGGGGCCUUGAGGACAAGACCAUCAAGAAAAUCCUUAGACGCCCCAACCCUGUGAAACCUUUAACGCCAGUUCAGCACUCCUUCCCCUUUUCUCCUCACCAUGUUCUCCAUAACAGGACCCAGGGCAGACUGCCCAUCUCCCGGAACAUAGUCCCAAAGACAACUCUUGCUCCCACCACAACUACUAGACAGGAAUCUCAGUCGACCCCUGGACCCACACUGCCUGUGGUCACCAAACAGCCAAUCGGAGGAGGAGACGUCUCCAGAUCUGUCUUGCCUCCUUUCAUGGAGGUCCUGUUAGCUCCCAAGCCCAGUGAUCCAUUAAACAUUCCAGCCACCUUAGCUUCUGUGUCAGUCCCCCAGACAGAUGUAGAGAAACAUGGAGAGCAUCCUCUGAGUCAACCACCACUAAUAAAACCCCAGUCCCAACCUCAUGCGGAAACUCAACCAAACCCCCAGAUCCGACCACAGUAUCGGCCACGACCACAACCAAAUUUCCACACCCAAAAACCUCUACUUAAACCAUCAGUGAAGGCUCAGCCUCAACCACAGCCUCAGCCAGAAUCGAUUUUCCAACCUCAACCGCAACCCCAACCAACAUCCUUGCCCAUACCCCAGCACCCACUGCAACCAAAACAAACAUUCCAGCCCAUACCCCUGCCCCAACCCCAACCACAAUCCCACCCAACAUCCCAGCCCAUAAGCCAGACCAUACUACAACCCCAGCCACCAUCCCAGGCUGUAAUCCAGACCCAACCUCAGUCACAGUCUCAACCAAAGCCACAUCUCCAAUCACAUCCCCAAACCCAGCUCCAGACUGAACCACAACCUCAACCAACACUCCAGCCCAAACACCAGGCGCAACCUCAAACACCACCCCAAUCAGAACCCCAGUACAAACCACAACCUCAAUUAACACUCCAGCCCAAACACCAGGCCCAACCUCAAACACCACCCCAAUCAGAACCCCAGUACAAACCACAACCUCAACCAACACUCCAGCCCAAAUUCCAGGCCCAACCUCAAACACCACCCCAAGCAAAAACCCAACCUCAGGUUCAAACACCUCCCCAGCCAACACCUGUGGCACAUCCUCAAACACCUGAACCAGCACUCCAUCACAAACCUAAGACCCAACAAGCACUACCAAAGUUUCACAUUCAAUCCCAACCUCAACAAUAUCGAUCUACAACUCAGCCACAAACCCGAACACAACCUAAACCAAAGACAAACCCACAGCCACAGUUUAAAUCUACAACUCAGCCACAAACACAGCCUCAACCAAAGACCAACACACAGCCUCAGGUAACCACCCUGGCUCAGUCUGAGGCCCAACCAACUCCUAAACCAAACUUAAUUCUUUCUAAACCCAGGCCCAAACCACAGCCAAGACCAAAGAGUGAACCAAAACCCAAACCCCAGUCAAAACCAAAGAGUGAACCAAAACCCAAAACACAGCCAAAACCAAAGAAACAGCCCCAGCCUCAACCAAAGCCCCCAACAAGGGACCAACAAAAACCUCACCAAAACAUUCAUCCUCAGCCUCAAACACAAUCUCCAACAAAGACCCAGACCCAACCUCCUUUAUCUUAUUCUCAACCCAUUAUGCAACCACAACCUUUUCCAAAUGCCCAGACUCAGUCCCCGCUUGAACCUCUACCCAAACCACCACCUCAACCUGGGCUUCAGACUCAGACCAGGACCUACUCUGAUCCCACCAAGAUCACCCCAAGGCAGGCAGUCCCUACGGCUCCUAGUCCACCAGAAGAGGGCAAGCCUCUACCAAGACCUGACCUGGCUACAGAGAAGGGUGGUAGUUACAAUCAGGGUACUGGUGCCCUCAGACCAUCCAUUGCUGAAGCUCCUCGUUCUCCCAUUAGCUCAUCACUUCCUCUAGCAGGAAGAAACACCACGCUGCCCCGCACCCGGGUUCCUCCUCAUUCCACUCGUAAUAGUGGCAGAACAUUUUCUCCAUCCAAGACCUCCUCUCACAGCUCCAGCACACCUGGGGCCGAUGGGGCUCAUCAUAGGGGCAAUGCUCUUCCUAAACCUGUGGUGUGGCCCGGAGAGAAACCUGUUCCUGCAGUCCUGCGUCCCCCUAUCCCUGUCAACAAGAGACCCAACCUGGUGGGGAAACCUAGUGACCAUGCUAAACCCAUGGACCUGAAAGAAGGAGACAAGGAGUCCAUCUUGAAGCGAUUCCCUCUGGUCACAGCCAAGCCCAAGCAGGAGCGGAGACCGCAGCAGACAACAACCACCUCUGGCCCGGCAGUAUACACCAGCCGCUUUGACAUAAAUGAAAACUCCUCCAUAUUCAGGCCCUUGCCUACGUCAGACAUAGACAUUAUGGGCAAGAAGCGCUUCGUAGCUCCCCAUGUGGUCUACAAGACAGACAAGAAGCCAGAUGAGCCGUGCUCCAUCACCUCCUCCCUCACUUACUUCCCUGAUGAGGAGGGCAGCGAUCAGAACGUGACCAGCGCUCCCCGCAUCCCUCCCUCCAACCUCACUGUGGUUACAGUGGAGGGCUGCCCGUCUUUCGUCAUUCUUGACUGGCAGAAAUCUGACAAUGACACCAGAGAAUACGAAGUUGUAUCCACCUCCAAAGGACCAAAUGGAGAGGAGGUGUCUGUUCUAACGACCAACCAGACACACACAGCAGUGGAGAACCUCAAACCAGAGAGCAACUAUGAAUUCACAGUAACGCCAAAGAAUGAGCUGGGAACAGGACCCUCCAGUGAUCCUGUGUCGUUUAGCACAGAAUCAGCGGAUCCACGAGUGAGCGAACAUGUUUCAGGCAAAGACGCCAUCUGGACUGAGUUCCCAUUUAAAUCCGAUGACUACUCUGAAUGCAAUGGAAGGCAGUAUGUGAAGAGAACUUGGUAUCGGAAGUUUGUGGGCAUCCAGCUCUGCAAUUCCCUGAGAUACAAGAUCUACCUGAGUGACGCUCUCAAUGGGAAGUUUUACAACAUUGGGGAUCAGACAGGGCACGGUGAGGACCACUGUCAAUUUGUGGACUCAUUUCUGGAUGGACGGACCGGUACCCAGAUGUUUGCUGACCAGCUACCAAGCAGGCCAGGGUUUUAUAGGGCGUUGAGACAGGAACCAGUCCACUUUGGGGAGAUUGGAGGGAAGUCACAUGUUACUUAUGUAGGCUGGUACGAGUGUGGCACACCCAUACCUGGGAAGUGGUAAGACCCCACUGUGCUGUCCAGGAAGGAUGACUUCCUUGGCGGGAAGAAGAAGAAGAUGUCUGACUCGGCCCAAAGGGAGGUGGGCCUUUCUUUCAUGUUACCAAGGACACUGUAGAUGGGUCUGUCUGUUUGAACUCAGCCUAUCUCCCAGGUAUGAACCUGUACAGGACUAUUAGGUGUCACAAAACUCUAUUGAGUGUAUUUGUAACAUUGGUCUUAAUUUCUCUAUUUAUCAAAAAUGCAUUCAACAAAGGAAUGUAGGGGUCUGAGUGAACCAAAAUGUCGAAUAUACAGUAAUUACAGAGAAAAUGUUGGGAAGCUGGCUCCCAAAGUGUAGUAACUUGUAUGAUAUUAUUUAUCAAAGGGGAUUGUUAUUGAAUAUUGUGUGUGCUCAGGCUUUUGAGAUGAGAAAGUACAAAUUAUUCCCAAUACUUGCAUGUCAGUGAGCACACACAUUGCGUCAUUUGUAUACAGAAAGGUGCCAACCAUACUUUCAUUGUACAUUUGGACUGUGUGAAAUACAAGUACACACAGACAUGCAGAAUUGACCUUCUGCUGGCCCUAAGGGAUUAUUAGCAGUUGCAGUUUGCACAGUAUUAAACAUUUUUUUCAUAUAUGUAUAUGGUGUGAAGUACAGUAUGUAUACCAGGGUUCAUAGUUUCAUACAUUUCAGGUACAAGAUAAAACAGCUUUUCGCCAAAUUGUUUAUCUAUUGUAAGAAAGCUUCAGCGCAAUGUUUAUGUGGGUCACUUGGAAAGAUUUAUGUAUUUUAAUUGCUGGUGCAGUCUUGUUCUAUAUUUUAUAAAAGAAUAAAAUAUGUAUAAAAAUGAUAUUAUACAUACAUAAACUGAGCUUCAAUGUGGAAAUGACACAAGCAAAUUACAUAAUUUAUGUUUUUGUGUUCAAACUUACGACAAAGUGUACAUAAAGUUAGAUCAUUGGAGAGAUACUGUCAGGGUUUUUUUUUCCACAUUUGUCAUGAUUGCAGUUGUUUUUGAUGCUCCAUGUAUGUUUUCAGCAAUAAAUCUUG